AUGAACGGCUGCGAGAAUGAGCUUUUGUCGACCAGCAGCAAUGGCGAAGGCGUCCAUGCGGUUAAUUUUACCUUGCCCACUGAAACUAAUAUAAAUGAUGACCCAUCCUUAGUGCACUUAACGAAAGCAGUAGAAGCUGGAUUUAGUCUAGCAGACACUAAAAUUAGAAAUAUUGAAGAGAAACUCAAUGUUAAAAUAAGUGAUGUUCUUGACGAUCUGAACGAACUAAAGGCCCGGUCUGAGCCUGUCUCCGAGCGAUUAGUCAAUGCAUUGCUUGAAGAGAAUACUAAACUUAAGAAAGAUAACGAUGUGCUAUCUGGGAGACUCAAUAAUUCGUUGCUUGUUGUAUCGGAUCUUAACACCCGUAUUAAGGACAUUGAAAACGAGAAAUGUAGUUUGAUUACAGCUAUUAGACUUAUUCAAUGCGCAGACAAAAGUCAUGUUGACUCAACGGUAACGGAGCAGUUGAAGUCUGAUGACACUAACGUAUUUAAUCAACAUGAUUUAUCUCAUAAUUUAAGUAUGAAUGAUGUCGAAGAGUCGAUUCGGGUAGUUGAUAAAAACCCAGAUUAUUUUCUGUCAAGUAAUAAAAUCCCGGAGUCACAAAGUUUGAAGCGCAAGUAUAAGUCGAAAAGCAAGAGAAAAGGUCUAAACCUUGAUAAGAAUUUGUCCGAAAAUGCAAAUUCCACAACUAGAUCGGAAGUCUUACAACAAAUUUCAGCAAACAAUAAUUCCACAGCAGAACCAGUCAUGCAACAAAUACCAUCAAAUGACAAUACAAUGACAGAACCAGUCAUGCAACAAAUUCCAUCAAAUGUCAAUUCAAUAACAGACCCCGUUGUUCAACAAAUUCCAUCAAAUACCAGUGGCACCAAUAACUUGCAUACUGUGCCAGAAACGCAUAACAAACAUGCAAAUUAUUCUGUGAAAAAUGUCACUGUUGUUGCCGGAGAUUCAAUUGUCCAGAACCUGCAAGGCUGGCGUCUUUCUAACCCUGACAACCAUGUUGUUGUCAAGAGCUUCUCUGGGGCAAAUAUAACAGACAUGGAAGACUAUUUGAAGCCCAUCCUUCGUAAGGAGCCGAAUAAAGUCAUUCUACACGUAGGAACUAACGAUUUAAAACAUCUAUCUGCUAAGAGAGUGGCUGAAGGGAUUGCAAAUCUCGCAACCCAAAUCGAAGAAGAUUCCCCAGCAACCAGCAUUGUGAUCUCUAGUAUAUUACCACGAUCAGAUAAAUCUGAACUAUCGGCAAAAGCAACAGAAGCUAACAAGCUUAUUAAAGCAAUAUGCUCUAAAAAUCAAUGGGCAUUUAUUGAUCAUAAAUCGGUUAAUUUGUCUUGUCUAAACACAAGGGGAUUGCACCUUAAUCGUAAAGGAACUUCUAUUGUAGCAAAGAACAUUUCUAAGUACAUUAAUUCCUGUUAGGAAAUUGCCGUAAGAGAGUCAGUUAAUUCUUUAUCCGCAUCUCGUAUUUCUAAUACCGAAGCCCCAUAUACUAGAUUAUUCAGCCAUGGUCUUGCAAUUGCUUGUCUAAAUAUAAAUAGUUUGUUAGCUCACAUUGAUGAUUUAAGAAUCUUUAUGGACAAUAGUAAAAUCGAUAUAUUAUGUAUAAAUGAAACUAAGUUAGAUUCGUCCAUCGGCAACCACAGGACGAAAAGCGUGUCAUUAAUCAGCUUUAGCAAAGAUACUAAAGCUAUUAAAUGUGUGUUUACACCUUUAAUAAGCUGACUAAAGGUGGUUAAAUAAAAAGUUACAUUUAAUCGCAUUUAUUCUGAAUAAAACACCUCUUUUGGAAACUGAUACACUUAAUUGCAUUUAGUGAGGAUAUUAAAGCGAGUUAAAACCAACAUUAAACCGCACAUACUUUAAUUACCUUUAAUGCGCAGUUUAAAUGUUGACUAAAGGCAGAAAUAACAUUUAAUCACGUUUAGUUUUAUCUUAAAUGAAGACAAAACCUGACACACGCUGUCGAUAAUUUAACAGAAUUAGUGCUAUGCUGAAUAUUACAGUAUAAACAUGAAAUGUUAUACGUUAUAUCACCUGAAUUUAGGCGCUUAUAUAGACUAAUAGACAGCGCAAUUCACUUGGACAGUUGAUUCUAUUGACAUAUUAAUAUAUAAAUAUACAAAUAUAAUUUUAUCGCCAAAGGCAAAAUACCUAAAACAGAAGCUGACUAUAUCAUUUUUUAGCUAUCCAGCUUCAGAUAGACAAUUUCUUUAUUUUGUAUAUGAACUACAUACAAUUUCUACAUGUACUUACACACAGCUAGUCGUUGUACACAAGGAUCUUUCGUAUUUCCACUUUCUCCAAUAAAAUAAUAGGUCAUAAUACACUGCCCUCGAUCGUAGCUGAGAUAUACGGCCUUGGUCUCGUUCUCAAUCUGACUCUUUAUUUUACUCGUGAGACGCCUUUGUUUGGCAUUUCCAAACUCUUUCUCGGCACAAACUUUCAUUACGUCUGUUGCGUUUAAGACGUCGUUCCUCGGUGUAAUUUGGUAUUGAGACGUCCCUAUUUUGUAGGUAGACAAUUGACAAUUCUGUUCAGCUUAUGGAGGCACUGGGAUUAUAGCUUCCAGAAGGUUGCGCAUUCCACUGGUAGCAAGUGCGCCACUCGCUGUGUGGGAAUGCUGGUUAAAAUGCGCCAUUUCAACCGGCUUUGCGCAAGGUAUACCACCAAAAGCUUUACAGAAUUGAAGGUUGUUGUAUUAAACUGUCGCUGCGAGGUUCUAUGUAGGUAUAAUUUGAAUGCUAUAUUCCCGCGCACGCUAUUUUAAACUUUUCCCGGUCGGGUAACUAAUCCCCAGUAGGCUGUGUAAUAAAACCUCGAUCUGACGGUGUAAACAUAAGCCGUUUACGAUUAUAGAAGAACUAUGGAUGGAAUCAAUUUGCGAAUUACUCAAUAAUAUGUUAACAAGCCAAAUUUUUACUUUGCUCGUUGCUUUUUGGACGAAGGCGGAUUUGAUUUGUACAUGGGUGACCUCCCUAGUGUACAGAAGAAAUCCGAUACUACGAAAGUUUCCUACUGUGGACAAUAGUUCGAAGUCCAAUUCCCGUUGCUUUUACAAUAAACGUCUGGCCUUUAUAGCUGUCACAGUCACAGUUCGAUACUUGCUAGCUGUAAUUUCGAUAUGACUGGACCAGUAUGUUUUGUUGUUGCAAAAUAUCGUAGAGGAAAACAAGCUCCUUAGAGAACAAAAUAAUAGCCAAUACAAGUACAGGGAGUGAGAAUGCGCUGAAGAAUUUCAACGAGAAGAUGGAUAUCAUUACUCGAUAUUCUGGGAGACGAGUCAGACACUCAGACAAACGGGAAAAAAUAUACAGAGAGUGCCCAAGGGCAAGGCUUGCAAUGUAAGUACAUGUAAAACGUUUAUUUAUACAGUGUAUAUUUCCGUUUACAAUUGUCAGACAAUGCAUCAUUGCUUCGUACAGUAUAUGGAUAUAAAAAAAAAACUUUGUCCAUUUGACCGUUAAUAAAAAAUACAGUUUAUUUGAAAUAUUGGCUCCAAAUUUGAUAUCAUUUUCAAAAUCAAUGACAUAUACAUAUAGCACUGUAUAGUCCAGUCAGUCCAGUAUUUUUUAGCUAAAUACAGCACAAUGGAUUCACCGAAUUAGUCUUUAAAUUAUAUUAUAUUUGAUAUGCAUGACUAUAAUUAUUACCUGCUUCUUAAAAUUGCCAUUAAUUUCAUACAUUCGAGUGCCUCAAUACGGUAAUGCCUUCGUAGCCUGUUCAUGCAUAUAUAUAUAUAUAUAUAUAUAUAUAGAGAGAGAGAGAGAGAAGCCAGACUGUCCUGCAGACAGUACGAGAUACGGGAUGAAUUUCUCUUGUGUUUAUAUGAGAAAAAUUCAUCCCGCUUGCCGGGACAAUUUUGUUAUUCUGUUUGAUAUAUUUUAUUGUUUUGACAGUAAGUUAAAAAUAGCUUGCGGCGGUAUAUUUGAACUUUCAUCCUGGAAAACGGCCUAUAGCCCGCUCGUGAAUGUUUAUAUGCAGAAAUUUCCAUCCCAGUAAGCGAGAUCUCGCCUCUUUCGAGCAAGAUCUCGGCAGUCUGGCAGCCCGCUUGUCUAUAUAAAUGCGCAGCAAUUUUUACUAUAAAAAUAACUACACAGUGUGAGCGAGAUCUUGCUUACCGGCCUAUCUUGCUUAGCCUUAUAUAUAGGCCUAAAACUUGCGAAUUUUGAAUAUUAACUAUGGCAAGAUAGAUAGAUCAUAAGCAGUAUAAUGUACAACUAUAGCAGCGUACUAGGAUUAUUUGCCAAAUCAAAAGCCCUAAACCCAACUCACUUUGCGUGCUUAGAGUUUAAUGUUUUCGAAGGAUAACCUUUUUUCAAUUAGCUGUUACCAUACGAUAUAAUGUUGCUAAUAUUAUCUGUGUUCAUUUUUAGAAACUGGCAAGAACAUUCAAAAAUCUUAAUAAAGUUAACUGGAGCCAGGAAAGAGUGUCAAAGGUGGCAGAUGGCCUCACGAUGGAGUACAUGUCAUCGGCGACAGAAGUGAGCUAG